AUGGAGGACCGAGCUGACGCGCAAAUGCCUUUUGCCCAGAGACCCAUCGUGAUCCUGGGAGCUGGGAUCAUCGGCUGCGCAGCUGCCCGGCAGUUGUUGCGGAGUGGCUUUUCAGUAGUGCUGGUCGCCGAAUACCUCCCCGGGGAUCAGAACGUACAAUACGCAUCUGCCUGGGCAGGAGCCGCGUGGCAUGCCGCCGGCGGGAUCACCCCGGACCAUCGAUAUAUCCAAGCGGUAACUCACCGCAUAAUGCUCAGGAUGGCCCAGGAUGGCCCCGAGACCGGCGUGAGUGUGGUCAAUGCCCGGGAAUACCUGGAACAGGAACCUGCUGCGGACUCAGCCAUAUGGGGUAAGACGGUGGUAUCCAAGGUAUGCGGCUCCGCUGGCCCGAACGAGAUCGACACAACUUACGGUGAUUAG